AUGGGCUUCGCCAGCUUCCCGGCGGCGAUCGGAGACACAAAGAAGUUCGCAUUUGUGUACCCGACAGCCUUUUUUGCCGCUGGGGGGUUCGUGUAUUUGAACGCGGAGGCAAUGCCUAUAGCCGUGAACCAACUCUCAGUCAAUUGUACAAGUCGCGGGUUCCGAAUGGGGGGCAUGCAAAGCAUGACCUUGGACGUGGCGAACCAGUUAGAGCCCAACACGAUUCCCACGACGUUGCCAGCUAUCAGAGGUAAGGGCGCGCGUCGUUUCUGCUUCGUUGGACCAGGGCAGCUCGGAGAUGGAGAUUUCAUGAGCAACACGUUCGGUGGAUUCGCGUAUUGGUUCGACGAUGUUCAGAAACACCGUUUUUUUUCCCGAUUCUCGGAUACUCCGGAGUGGUAG